GUGAACUUACCACAUUCACAUGCUUAUAUCGCGGUUGAUAUUUCCACGACCGCUUCCAUGAAACGUUUAUGUGAACAUUUAUCAUUUACAAAGUGAUCUUCAGUUGUUUUUAAAUUUCCUAGAUCAUUUGUUAUGUGUUUUUUAUUGUAAAAAAUCAGUGAUGUUUCUCACACAGGUUUCAUUGAUUUUUAUUACAUUUUUGAUUACUUCAUCUCAUGCACUCUUCUUUCACUACUCUAAAAAUGCCCUAAUGGAUUUUUUUACUUCUCUGAGGGAGAAAAAAGAAAUGAAAUCUCCAAAUGUACAUCAUUAUCAUUUACAUUACUAUCCAGUGAUGGUACCUCCUGUGCUUUCAUCCAUAAAGCCCAUAAAAGCACCUGAUAAACAGGAGUUGGAAAAUUUACACACGAAUAAAUUGGAAUCUCAUGGAUGGAGUAAUCAAGAAUUCAAGCAUAUUCCAGAUCCAUCGAUUCAUUACAGUUCUAGCUUGGAAAAUUGGUCUAAUUCUAUAUCAUAUCGUCCAAGCUUGGGCUGGGAUGAGGGCAUUGAUCGCAAAGAAGAAGCUAAAUCUAAUGGUAGAAUUGUAGUUCAGGUUCCGUUAAAUCAACAAAUAAUCCUACAAUCACCACCAAAAGAAGAGAAAAUGGAAAAAGAAUCCAAUCCUCUUUUAUCUUUUUUCCAAAAACUUCGACAUAUAAAGAAUUCGAUUUUCCAAUCCACUGGAAAGAAGGAGCAUGAUGAUGAUGAUGAUGAAGCUGAAAAGACCAAUCAUUUAGGGGGUGUUGUUAUCUAUACUCAUCCUAAUGGAAUAGGAAGUUUUUUUAAAAAAAUAUAAGUAAUACUUCUAGAUCAUUUCAGCUCAUUUCUAGCAGUUAGAAUAAUUUAAAAUUCAUAUUCCAAAGCUGAAUAUUCGAAAUUAUUGUUAUUUUUUAAAAAUUUAUAUG